UAUAUAUUGUAAAGAUUUUUUCAAACAAUCUUUAAUUCUUGUUGAAAUUGUUUAUUUAAAUAUUAAAUAAAUUCUGAUGAUAAAUAUUCAGAUUGGAUAAUUUAGUAAAUUCAUAUAUACUAAAGUGUAUUUUUCAAAAAAAAUUAAAUAAUGGUGUAGUUUUCAAAUUAAAAUCUUAUAUAGGUGUAUUUUUCCAAAUUUUCCCUUUUUGAAAUCUACUAAUUAAAUAUUUUCUGUAUCAGUAAACUUAAAUGUAUUUUAAAAGUAUAAGUUCACUAACAUUAUUUUUUUUUUAAAUCGUUACAUAUAUAAGAUUAGUAGUUUUAUAUGUCACCUAAACAUGAUUUCUUUUAGAACUGAAUAAUACACCACUCCUUAUAGUUUUAGCUGUGUUUAUACAUAAUUUUAGUUGAAUAAUACACCACUCCUUAUAGUUUUAGCUGUGUUUAUACAUAAUUUUAGUUGUGUUUCGGAUAACAAAUGUGUAUUUUCAAUUUUAAAUAAAUACGUGCAUCCAGUGGUUACCCUUUUUACUCAUUUGUGAUGUGUGUAGAGAAUUUUUUUUUUAAGUGAAGAUGUUCAACAAUAUACAUUGUGCAAAUUUGCAUACGGAUGAUAAUACAUCAACAGCACUAAUUCAAGCUAUAAACUACAUUUUAAGUCGUAUAUAUCAAUAAACUAACUAUCAUAUUUAGUUUUAAAAAAAAACUAUCAUAGAUUUUAGAUAUGUCAGUGGCCGGCCCAAUUUAUAUCUAUAUAUCAUAUCAUUCAUUAGCACUAUCAAUAUGGCUAUGGUUGAAAACUUGAAGACACGUCCCAAAUGAAAACCAGCAUGUAAUAGAACAUUUCAACUUAAAUUCAUAUAUAAUAUCAACAAUUUGAGACAGAAAAAUAUAUAACAUAUGUGACAUUUUCUUCGUAUGAUCAGUCAACUCCACCAAAGUCAACUAAAUUUGUAUUAAUAGUACACCAACGGUUAUUGCAUAUUUACAAACAGCUCCAUCGAUAACAAACACCAAGAAGAUCAAAAACCGAUCUCGGUUCAAUCCCCAAAAACGGCAGGUGAGAGAUGUCAAAGCCGCACACGAUUCAGCGUUUCACGCAUAACCAUCCCUUGACCGAAGCCAACGGAGUUGGCACAUACACGUGCAAUGGUUGCAAACUUCACGGUCACGGCAAGACCUACCGGUGCAAUGACUGCGAUUACGACCUCCAUGAAUAUUGCGCCACGUGUCCUCCAACCCUCAUAAAAACAUGGCACGCGCCUGAUCAUGAGCUAACCCUGUUCACCGGUCCUGCCCACAUGACCGAGCGUGUGUGCUGUUUUUGCCAAUUUUACAUCCAAGGGAUGUUCUACAAAUGUAAGCACUGUAAUUUUGAAUCUCACCCGCUUUGCACACACGGUCUAAUGCAUGUUUCGUCUCCUGACGCAAUGGAAACGAGGCAGAGAAGCCUGCAUAGCCCUCAUGCGGGGCAGCCAUUGUCGCCGCACCACUAUGGUCAAGGAAACUCCUAUGGUUAUGGGCAACAUCCUCAUGGUGGUGGUCAUCAUCAUCAGCAUCCCCACAUGAGCCCGGUCUCUCCAAGAGCAAGUCCAAGUACUCCAGAUUCAAGCAAGGGAAAAAAGAAAAACGGAGGAUUUAUGGGAGCCUUCAAGGCUGUGGUAACUGUAACUGCUACGCUAGCAACCCAGUUGGCCGUUGCCACGGUGGCGGAUGAGUAUACUGGAACUGGAUGAAGAAUAGUUUGAUGAUGAAGUUUUACUUGUUGGUGUGCCUUUACCUUUCGGUGCUGUUUUCCAUUACAUGCAGACAAAUGUAUGUACCCUUUACAUGCAGACAAAUCUGUUUUCCAUUACAUAUGUAUGAAUGUGUCUCAGUUUCACAUAAUCGUGUAAUUGCAAAUUGCUGUGUCAUUGAUAUCGAUAUUGGUUUUAAUACAUCAAAGCUCAAAUCUUCUAUACGAAAAGAUCUCAACUACAAAUAAAUACUUAAAAAUCAAACUAUUCUAGAAAUAAUAUAUUUGUCAGCAUAUAUAUGAUUUGAUUGUAAAGGUACUUAGGUCCCAUCUCAAAAUGCUAAACAAAAUAUGUGAUUAAUAAUAUCACCAGUUCAUAAUCUCUCUACAAUCUGCACAUCUUGAGGUUUUGCCUAUUUGGUAUUAUGAAUCUGUUAAUUCUGGAAGGAAUCUCUUUGUCAGCUUGCAUAUGAUUGUAAAGGUACUUGAAUUUCAUCUCAAAAAUCGUUUAGAGAAAGAUCGAGAAGAAUGAGUUAUAAUUCUUAACUAGAUUAUGACCCGCGUUAAAACGCGGAAUUAGGUUAUAAAAUAAUGUUAGAAAUGUUUACCAUUUUAUUAAAUUUGAGCCCGAUUUAAAAUGUGUUUCUUGUAGUUUGGUUACUUAUUUGUUUCUUCUUAUUGGUAAAUCUUUUUUGUUUCUUAUAUAGUAUUAGGAUGAAUUUGUUUUAGUAAAUUUGUGUCAA